AUGCGCUACGACGACUGGGACGUGCUGCUCUUCCCUUCAGGCCGAGAUGAUCGAGUGCCUCUGAAGGAGUUCAAGGUCAACUGCCAUGUUGUUCCUGACGCCGACUUCUCUCACAGCCGUACCACCUUCGGUGUGCCUGUCAUGACUUGCUUCGUUCCCGGACUGCAGCCCGGCGCCCCUUUCCACAUCUCGAUACACUGCUGGGGCAGACCCAAGCCCAGCCAGUACACCCAAAACUACAGCAAACAUCCGGAACUGGUCACUUUCGAGGCCCGCAUCUUCAUCGAUGGCCGCAUGGUAGCGUCAACGAUGCUCCAGCCGUUCGGUGCCUGGCCGCAUCUGAUCGCCAGCACUUGUCAGAUGACGAAGCAGGGUGAGCUCGAGCAGUUGAAGUUCCCGUCCUUUCGUCGCGAGUUACUCUUCCAGAACCAUUGGAAUCCCAGUGAUGACCUUGGGCGGAUCAAGGUUCUCGUCAGCGAGGGCUUUCCCAGGGAUUCGCCCUCAAAUCCAAUCGAACGUGUCAAGAAUGUUGUAGCCUUCGCCUUUCAGCACGCGCCCCUCGAGAUUCUCGAGAACAACGGCAUCGCUUGGCCCAAUCCACAGAUGUGGCGACGGCCUCAGAACAACCCGGCCGUCCCAGUCCCAACCUUCUAUCCUGAUGAUGGUGCAGAUUCCCACCUGCACUCGCCACGCCGCAGGCCUCUUGCUGGCCAGGGCAUGCCAACCAUAUCAACGGCCUUGACUGACCCUUCCAGCGCGGCUGUCAACCUUGACGCUUUCCCUUCAGGUCGCUCGAUGUUACAAAAAAAUUCUACGUCCUCUGCCUCGAGUUUCUUGGAUCCUUUCAACGAGGCUGCCUAUCAGGAAUGGAUCAACUCGUUGGGCCUCAGCCACCAACAGCCUCAAUCGGAUGCCAGUAUCAUCUGGCCCAGCACUAUCGUCCAAAGUUGCAACAAGUCAGGCAACGAGCCAAUCAUGUCCAACAUGCCCGACUAUCUGUCUUCUGCAGUCCGUCAUGGCACCACAGCGGACCAGAUGCACCUGUCUGGUCCCAGUUUGGACGAGGAUACCCAAAUGGAUAUUCUCAAAUGCGUCCCGCCACACCAAAUUCAAUUGCCAGCAUCUGAGGUCAAAUCUCGCAAAGAAAAUCGACAUUUGAACAAUGCCAGCUCAGCUGGUUCUCCUUCCACCAACCCCUCCCCAUCCAUCGAAGCACAAAUUCGCAAGUUUUCGACAACGAACACCGCUUUUGGUGUCAUUGGCAAUGACCGUGCAGAUUCAUCUGGUUCCUGUUCCGGCCCCAGCUUCAGCCGUCGUGCCUCCGCCGGCGAGUUUGGCAGAGACAUCACAAAUACGGCGUCACCAAAUCAGACCUACGCUGGAGUCGCUGCGUUUGGUACCACGCCCGGCAGUGGCAGUGAGAAAGGUACCAAGCGCAGCCGCAACUUUACCCCCGCUAGCGCUAAAGCCAUCGACGAAGAGGACGAGCCCCGUCGACCCAGUCCCAGGAUGAGGGUUGCCACUACCUUCCACUUGGAUGUAGAACCCCAUGACGAAGCUGAGAAGUGA